UUCAAUGAACUUCGCUAUAUUUUCAGGCGGAAGAACGAAGUGCAAUGGUGCAGGCAGAAUCAGCAUCCUUGGCAGUUUCCUGCUGCGCUGCAAUGAGCAUUGUCAUGGAAACAUUGAAUUUCAUUCCAAAAUUUGCCUCCCAGCUCGAUGUCUGGCACCUACUUUGCCCAAAGAAACAAGCUACUCUUCUACUGGGACCUACCCACAUGAUGAGAACCAUAUUGAAAUCAGCCUAAAAUAUAAAAAAAAAAAACACACAAGACCUCAGGGUUUGGUUUAGUAAGUACUAACUAGAUGUCGUCAAUCAAAUAAGAAUAUUGCUCAGAUUGAGUCAUCAAUCACAACUAACAACAACAUUGCCCUUCAUAAAUGUCUAAACAUCCAGUUAAAUAAAUUAAAGAAUAUUAAUGCAUAGUAUUCUAGUAUGCCUCUUAACUAUAUUCAUAUGCUUUUAAAAUUAUAAUGGGGGGGUCAUCAAUCAACAAGAAGAUUGCCUUUGUUUGAAAAUUCCAGUUGUCCCCAGUGGGGAAUAAAUGAUUGCCUUGGCGCCUAUAUGCUUGCCUUUCACUCCAACAAAAACCAAAAGCUCAUUUCUCUUAUCUUCUCUUUCUCUCUGUUUGCAAUAGGUUCUCCUUUUUCAUCCAACACUGACAGACAUUCCCUGUCUGUUCCAAUCAUCAAUUUUGCACUCUAUCCGUCCACUCCCCUCCCCCUACUCACUCUCUCCUCUCCACUGAAUUUUGCAACUUCAAUGGCUUCUCGUGCAAUUAAGUCAACAACCGCAAAACAGCUCAAGGAGCAUCUCCAAGAGCAACAAGAGCCUUUUACUUUGAGCAUAUACCUUUCUGAAAGAGGGUAUUUGGUGAAAUGCUUGAGCUCUAAUGGUCGAAAUGGUUGCUGCCAGAUCAAUUUAUUUAAGAACCUGAGCAGACCACGCAGUUACAACUUGAACAAGAAAAUGGUUUUAAUCUCCACAAGGAUCGUCAAGUCGAUACUGUACAAACUUGUUUCCUCUAAUGACAUCCAGGAGCCUUCUUGUCGCAGUGAUAAAGCCCACCAAGAUGAAUUUCAGACUGCAGAAACAAAUGGUUUUACCGAGGUGAAGGCUCUAACUCCAUUUGGCGCCUUUCCCAGCUGCGCUCCUGAAGAGGAACCUCUGCCUUUGAAACAUUGCAGAACUUCUCAAGCCUCAAAUGUUGGUUAUGUGGAACAACAAAAGACUCUUACAGAUAAAACCUGUCAAAGGACAUGCACUCAAGAGAAGCACCUCAACCUUAUGUCAAUGUUAAAUACAUUAUCAUCCGACAAAGUGCAUCACAUCAUAACAAGACAAGAAAGCCUAUCAAGUAGGAGUUCCACUCUGACCGAAAAUGCUGGAGGAAACUUCAUGUUUACAACUUUUCCCUGGAAGUGGCUAGGAAAAUCACUAAUUGAGAGAUACAGCCUCAUUGGGUUCAAAGAAUCAAAGGAGAUAAUCGAACCUUGCUCUCCUCAGCACCGGAGAAGCAAAGAGCUUGUGAAUAGAAGGAAGCCUUUGUUCAACCUCACAGGGGAACGGGAACCCAUCCAGAACAGUGAUAGGAAGAAUGUCAGAAACAAGUAUAACUACAUUCACUGGUUCAUUGGGGUGGGAAACCCGAUCAAAGCAGAGCAAAUCUACUCAUGCACGAAAUACUCUAGAGACUCAAGUAUGGAUUUCUCUAACACAUUAGAAGAAUGGAAUUAUUCCAGGCAAAUGCAGAGAAAGAUAGGCUUCGAGUUAGGGGAUACUAUCAUGGAUGAGAUCAUUGAGGAAAUAAUUUACUUACUCCGGCAGUAAAAUGGAUGAGCUACUCAAGCGCAACAGGCGCAGUCUAUGCCCAAUUCCAUUUCUUUAAACCGAAUCAUUAUUCUGCUACAAAGAUAAAUGGCUAUAUGUGUGCACUUCCCCUUGUAAAGUUAAACCAGACACCGAAAGGAACACAAAGAGCAUGCAAGUUUACAGGAAAAAGGAGAAUAAUAAACAGAUUUACAUAUCGACAAAACAAACAAAGGGAAGCAAACAGGAGAACAAAUACAUAAUUUAAAAGCAUAAAUUUUUUUCUCUUUUUUU